AUGAACUUGGAACUCCAUGGUGAGGAAGGAGAAUUGAGGCCAGAAGGACAACAAGAGGAGAAGAUAGAGAUAAGUGCACAUGAGGAAGUAGUGGAUGGAUGUUUAGGAUACGUUGAGCACAUAAAGGAAUCUCAGAUCGAAGAACUCUCUUCCAAGAAGCUUGGAGGGGAUGUUGCAGAAAGGAGCAAUGUUGCGGAAGUAAACAAAAAAUUGGAAAGCAAAGUUGAGGAGGACGUACAACCUCCAAGGCCUAGUGCGAGUGAAGAACUGGGAGGAGUAUUCCAAGCAACAAACGCUCCUAUUUAUAAUGAUUCCGAAUCAACAUAUGAUCCUUUCGAGUUUGAAGAAUCCUUCCCCGAAUUGUCUGGAUUCGAUAAUGAGCGACCAACAACCGGCUGUCCUCCGGCGAGCGUUCUGUCACCGUCGCCACCGCCGCCACCAUCGCCUCACCCUCUUCUCACUCUUUCUUUCUCUUCCACUCAACCCUCCGCUCUGUCUCUGCCCUCUGUGCCACCCAGCACCGCCGCGACCACCAUUGUCGCUGGCGCAAGCUCAGCGGUGCAACCCGAUAGCCGCACUGCUCUGGCCGGUUCUCCCUCUCACCAACGCACUUCACUUUCUUCUCCCUUUUUCUCUGUUCAGUCUCUGCAACCAGAUGCGACACCACCACCCCCUGAUGACGACGAUAAGGAAGUUACUAUUCCAUGGGGUGGAUGGGUGCACGAGAAGCCCUCGACCAGACGUCGUUCUCGGGCUAGAGUUGCAGUUGAGGCAGCAGGACCUUCUUCCUCCACGGCGGCAGCAACAUCCUUACCACCACCACCAACACCUGAGCUGACUUAUCUGUUGGUGCAGUACCUUCUUCGCUUCAUGGUGCGCUUCGAGCGUCGUGUCAUGCGACGUCUCGACCUCUUAGACCAGGCGUUUGCAUCACAGGACAAUGAGCUUCCUCCACUUCCGGAGUCUCCCGCUUCUGAUGAGCAGGAUCAGGAGGAGGAGCAUACUGAGGAGCCGACACAGUAG